GUGAAAACUAAACGCACCCGUCCCACCAAGUCUCCUUGGAUUACCACAAAUUUGAAAAAACGAAUGAAUUUCAGAAACGGGCUAAAGAAAAAAGCUGUUAAAACUAAGGAUGCGUCUUCUUGGAAUCGAUUCCGGAAGGUCAAAAAUAAAGUAAAUCAGGAAAUCAAGGCUACUAAAAAGGCCUAUUAUAAUAAUUCUUUUAAUAAUUAUGCCGGUGAUCAACGUAAGACCUGGAAGACCAUCAAUGAAUUGACUUCCCGCAAAUCUAAUAAAACAAUAAUAAAUGAAAUACAAUAUCAGGGACUAAAAUCGAGCAAUCAAGCAGAAGUUGCUGAAUUAUUGAACACUUUCUUCAUUGAGAUUGGACCAAGGCUUAGUCGAAAUGUUUCGAAUGUUGAUACCACCUACAAAGAGUUUCUUUGUGGAACUUCUAAGGAGUUUGCCUUCAAGGAAAUAACAUCUGCUCAUAUUUAUUCUCUCCUUUCAAAACUUUGUAAAUCAAAGGCCAUUAGCUGGUAUAUCAGCUAAAUUAUUAAGGGAGUGCCCUUAUCUUAUCGCCGAGUCUCUUACUUUAAUAUUUAAUCAAUCACUGUUGACAGGAAUUUUUCCCGAUGAGUGGAAGUCGGCUAGGGUUACUCCAUUGUAUAAAAAUUCUGGUAAACGAAAUGAUCCCACCAAUUAUCGACCAAUAUCGGUGAUCCCAGUCGUGGCCAAAGUAUUUGAACGAGUAGUCUACGACCAGUUGUAUCACUAUCUUACUGAGAAUCGUAUUCUAUCCCGUUACCAAUCUGGUUUUCGUUCUUUACAUUCUACUGUUACCGCAUUACUCGAAGCUACCGAUAGCUGGGCAGUGAACGUUGAUCGUCGCCUUGUCAAUGCCGUUGUCUUCUUAGACUUAAAAAAGGCUUUCGACACAGUUGAUGGAUUACGCGGUUCCUGUCACGAAUGGUUUAAACAAUCGUACCCAAACUUGCCAAAUUAAUUGCUCAAUGUCAAACCCAAAAUUAGUUACAUGUGGUGUUCCCCAGGGAACAAUUCUUGGACCUUUAUUGUUUUUACUGUAUAUUUAUGACCUACCUAAUUGCUUGCAUUUUUCAGAACCUAGAAUGUAUGCCGAUGACACCAGCCUAACCUAUGCCAGCGCAGAUUUAAAACUCAUAAAUGACUGCGUUAACGUCGAUUUAAACAAGGUGUAUAUAUGGCUAUCGGCUAACAAACUGACCCUUAACUUGACUAAAACUGAGUAUAUGUUAGUUGGGUCGAGGCAGAAGCUAUCAAAGCUUUCUGAAACUCCUUCUUUUAUGAUAAACGACCAUCCCGUGAUGCAAGUGUCAACGGCAAAAUCUCUUGGAGUGCAUAUUGACCAAAACUUAAGCUGGGAAUGCCACAUACAGGGUAUUUGUAAAAAGAUUGCUUCUGCUUUGGGUGCAAUUAAAAGAAUACGACAUCUUAUUCCUUUUAAUGUAUUAAUUAAUGUUUACGACAAUUUAAUUCAACCGCAUUUUGAUUACUGUAAUGUCGUAUGGAGUAACUGCGGCAUUGACCUUUCCGAUAAGCUGCAGAGCGGGGAUGUGCCGCUGGGACCCUGGAACCCUUGACCUAUACCAGAGCUAGUUCAGCUGAAUUUUGCUACCCUAUACUAGAGUAAACUUUCAAAAUCCCCCUAUCCUAGAGUAGCUGUUUCCCCAGUAUAGAUAAAAUCUUCAACCAACUGAUCAGUUUCCUGAAAAAUGAUACCCUAUUCUAGACCCAAACGCUCUGAUUUAUAUAACCUAUCCUAGAGUAAACUGCUUGAAAACCAUACCCUUCACAGCGGCACAUACCCAUAUAGCCCAUAUAUGGCAGUACCCCCCCCCCGGGCUGCAGAGGCUCCAAAAUCGUGCAGCCCAUAUUCUAAUGUCCCCUAAUUCUGAUUGUAAUGUGGACGAUUUGUUCCUGGCACUGGGUUGGCGUAAGCUUAAACACCAAAGACAAGUAUCGACGGCUAUUAUGAUGUAUAAAACCGUACAUGGGAUGACUCCCGACUAUCUAACCUCUAAAUUUGUGUCUCGUGACGAAAUAACUUCUUAUCGACUGAGGAAUACUGAAAAUAAAUUAGUCCUUCCACUUCCCCGUACCAAUUAUUUAGAGAAAAGUUUCUCCUAUAGCGGAGCUAAGCUGUGGAACAGCCUAUCCCAUGAUUUAAGAUCUGCAGAUUCUUUACAUGAUUUUAAACGCAAACUGUGUCGCAACAGUUUUGAAUGA